AAAGAACUUAAGUUGCAUUGAAAAUUUUUUUCUCAUUAUAUCUGCCUUCAAAUUUGUCAUUGAUGUUGCCAAUUAUAUAUUUUAUGUUGUAUAUUCACUAACAAAUGUUUAUAAUGAUUUCUAUGCUUUUACCUUUCAAAUUUUAGAGAAUAAUUAAUAUUUUUGCACUAUUAUUAUAAUGCUAAGAACUUCCAUUUUUGUGUAUGUGCAUUUUUUUCCCAGAGAAUAAUGUAUUUUAUAUGAUGGUAUGUUGUUUUGUUGAAUCAUGUUAUUUUCAGUAGCAGCAACGGUUAUCAGCACCUUUUAUAUGUAAGGCAUAUGAAGAGCCAAUAUACUUUUUCAGUAUUUGGUUAUUUUUGAAGGUUUUUUUCUUUCUACUUGGCAGGACAGAUAUGCUGAUGGUAUUAUUCUAACUUGAUAGCUAUUUUUUUCAGGACUUUGACUAUAUCACACAGUUUCCUUCUGGCCUGCAAAGUUUUUUUGACAGUUUACCAGCUAUCUCAUAAGACUAUACUUGUAAAUGACAUGUCGUUUUUAUCUUGCAGCUCCAUUCUCUUCUUCGAAAUUGUGCUUAUAUAUGCGUUUGUUAUAAAUAUCUUUGUGUGUAUCCUAGUGUGUUUGUUGAGCUUCUUCAUUUUGAUAUUAUUUUUUCUUUCCAAAUUUUUUAUAUUUUCCUUUAUAAUUUCUGUUUUUUGGGGUAUUUUAAAUAUUUUUGUUCUUAUCCUCAUUUUUUUCUGAUUUUCUGUAGUUCUGUGUUCCUAUUUUACUCAUUGAGUAUUCAAUUUAUUUUCAAUUUUAAAAAUUAAUAUAUACAUCUUUUUAUGGUUUCUUUCUGAAAAUCUUAUAAUUUUGAUGGAAGGAUUUUGCCCUAUUUUGUAUUCAUUGUAAUCUUUGAUUAAUAUUUGAACAUUAAAUAAAGCUACCUGUCACAUUGUUUAUAAUGUAGCUUUGUCCUGGCAUAGUCUGAAAACAAUUAUCUUGGUUUGAGGUCCUGUGAGACUCUCAAACAUGUUCUUCAAGUGUGUCUUGUCUAAAAUUUUGUGUUUAUUUUUUAGUUAAAGGAGUUUAUUUCUGUUUCAUCUUCAUCAGCAAUCAUUUGCUGUAUCUGUUCCCUGUCUGUGGUACUGCAGUCUCUCUGCUGCUGUAACAUUUACUGUUGGUCUCAGCAGACCCAAAGUGUAAUUCCAAAAUAUACCACCAUUUCUUUCAGCACUUUAUGUUAUGGGAGACCAGUUUCUUGAAAGGCCCGUAGAAGCAAGUAAUAUAGAUCUAUGUGUUCUUAUUUUACCAAAGACCUUUGGCCAGAACAAGACAUAAAAGAUUCUUUUCAACAAGUAAUACUGAGAAGAUAUGGAAAAUGUGAACAUGAGAAUUUACAGUUAAGAAAAGGCUCCACAAGUGUAGAUGAGUAUAAGGUGUACAAAGAAGGUUAUAAUGAACUAAACCAGUGUUUGACAACUACCCAGAGCGCAAUAUUUCCAUGUGAUAAAUAUAUAAAAGUCUUUCAUAAAUUUUUAAAUGCAAAUAGACAUAAGACAAGACAUACUGGAAAGAAACCUUUCAAAUGUAAAAAAUGUGGCAAAUCAUUUUGCAUGCUUUUACACCUAAGUCAACAUAAAAGAAUUCAUAUUAGAGAGAAUUCUUACCAAUGUGAGGAAUGUGGCAAAUCCUUUAAAUGGUUCUCAACCCUUACUAGACACAAGAGAAUUCAUACUGGAGAGAAACCCUUCAAAUGUGAAGAAUGUGGCAAAGCUUUUAAGCAGUCCUCAACCCUUACUACACAUAAGAUAAUUCAUACUGGAGAGAAACCCUACAAAUGUGAAGAAUGUGGCAAAGCCUUCAACCGGUCCUCACACCUUACUACACAUAAGAUAAUUCAUACUGGAGAGAAACCCUACAAAUGUGAAGAAUGUGGCAAAGCUUUUAACCAGUCUUCAACCCUUACUACACAUAAGUUCAUUCAUGCUGGAGAGAAACCCUACAAAUGUGAAGAAUGUGACAAAGCUUUUAACCGAUUCUCAUACCUUACUAAACAUAAGAUAAUUCAUACUGGAGAAAAAUCUUACAAAUGUGAAGAAUGUGGCAAAGGCUUUAAUUGGUCCUCAACCCUUACUAAACACAAAAGAAUUCAUACUGGAGAGAAACCUUACAAAUGUGAAGUGUGUGGCAAAGCCUUUAAUGAGUCCUCAAACCUUACUACACAUAAGAUGAUUCAUACUGGAGAGAAACCCUACAAAUGUGAAGAAUGUGGCAAAGCCUUUAACCGGUCCCCACAACUUACUGCACAUAAGAUAAUUCAUACUGGAGAGAAACCUUACAAGUGUGAAGAAUGUGGCAAAGCUUUUAGCCAAUCAUCAAUCCUUACUACACAUAAGAGAAUUCACACUGGAGAGAAACCCUACAAAUGUGAAGAAUGUGGCAAAGCUUUUAACCGAUCCUCAAAUCUUACUAAACAUAAGAUAAUUCAUACAGGAGAGAAAUCUUACAAAUGUGAAGAAUGUGGUAAAGCCUUUAACCAAUCCUCAACUCUUACUAAACAUAGGAAAAUUCAUACUAGAAAGAAACCCUACAACUGUGAAGAAUGUGGCAAUGCAUUUAACCAGUCCUCAAACCUUAUUAAACAAAAUAAUUCUUACUGGAGAGAAACUCUACAAAUGUGAAGAAUGUGGGAAAGCCUUUAAGCAGUCCUCAACUCUUACUAAGCGUUAAAAAUUGGCCGGUGCAGUGGCUCAUGCUUGUAAUCCCAGCAUUUUGGGAGGCUGAGGCGGGCGGAUCACAAGGUCAAGAGAUCGAGACCAUCCUGGCCAACAUGGUGAAACCCUGUCUCUACUAAAAAUACAAAAAUUAUCUGGGUGUGGUGGUGCGUGUCUGUAUUCACAUCUACUUGGGAGGCUGAGGCAGGAGAAUCACUUGAACCUGGGAGGCGGAGGUUGCAGUGAGCCAAGAUUGCACCACUGCACUCCAGUUUGACAACAGAGUAAGACUUCGUCUCAAAAAAAAUUUAUACUCUACAGAAACCCCACAAGUGUGAAAAACAUGGCAAAGCCUUUAAGAAGCCCUCAAUUCUUAACAGACAUAAGAUAAUUAUACUGGAGAGAAACUCUACAAAUCAGAAAGAUGUGACUACUUUUGACAAUGCUUCAAACUUUUCUAACCAUAAAAAAAAUUAUACUGGUGAGAAAUCCUAGAAAUCUGAAGAGUGAGACAAAGCCUUUAAAUGGUUGUUACACUUGAUUGUAGGUAAGAUAAUUCAUACUGGAGAAAAUGCCUACAUGUGUGAACAGUGUGGCAAAACUUUUAACCAAUGCUCACACUUUAUUGCCAGGAAAGCAUUUAUACUUGAGAUAAAUUAUACAAAUGUAAAGACUAUGAAAAAACCAUUAAUAGCUGCUCACAUUUUACUCAACACCAGAGAGUUCAUGCUUAAUAAAAGCAUUAUAAGUGCAAUUACUGUCAAAAGAUCUUUCAGAAAAUAUAAGCUUUUAUAGUGAAGAGUAUUUAUUUUGAAGUUGAACAUUACAAAUAUAAAGAGGAUUGUAGUGCCUUGUAUCACAGAUCUUAUUGUAGACAUUUUCUUCUAGAGGAAAUCUCUGAAGCAGUUGAUCAAACUUUGUUCAACAUCAGGGAAUUUAUAUUGAAAAAUUGUGCAAGUAUAAUAAAUUUGGAAAAACAAUUUUUCAAAAACUACAGCUUGGAAAUCAACAGAGUUAUACUAGAACAUAUUUUUCCAGAUGCAAUAAAAGUAAAAUAUUUAAUCCAUAAUUAAGUCUAUGGAAAUAUCAGAGAAUUUGUGGUAGAAAUAUAUAAGGUACUGGCACUUCAGGUAUACUAAAUCAGAGUGCUGAGUAUAGAAAAUCUAAAACUAAAGUUGGUAGAAAAAUUAUUUGUAUAGAACUUUAAGAGGAUCAGAAGGUUUUUUGCAGAGUUAUAACUACAUUCAAAGUAUACUUUUAUUUCUUGAAAAAUAUUCACAGAGUUUUUGAAAAGUGAAUAAUGAGGGCCGGGCGCGGUGGCUCAAG